CAAAAUCGUACCCAAAGCCGCGCACCAGAGGCAUUGAAAUCCCGAUUAGCAUUCAGUAGCCGCUUACUCCAGUUUAUCGGCUUCAAAUCGAGAUUUCCUUCUUGUGGAUUCGGCUAGUGGAUUCAUUCUACGGCAGCUGCAAACGGCGAGUGGAAAAAACUCCUUCUCUGAUCAGCAACCAUGCCUCAUUUGCAAGGGCUGUGUCUCCAUGGUCUUCUCCUCCUCUCCCUCGUCGUCGCGUCGCAAGCGCAAGGCUUUGGAGGAAGUGGAAUCUCGGCAUUCAUCCCCUUCCCGGGAGUUCAGAAGUGCGUGCUUAUAUCGGGUAUGAAACCCAACAAGAUUCUACAAUACCAUCCUCUCGGCGAUAUCAGAGCGAAUGGCAAUCUCCGCAUCACCGUGUACCAAAUGCAAGGUCGGAUCAACCUGAAGCUCAAGCUCGACGCCGACUAUCUAACCGGCGCUCUGCCGCCCAAAAACAUCACCGUCUACGACUCGCGCUCGGGCGGCGCGCUGGGCCUCCCCGUGUUCGGCGUGACGGGGAAAUGGCAGGCGAAUCCGACCCACGGGGAGGUGAUUCUGCGCACGUGGAUCCUGGACGCCAGCAACAAAUAUCCUCCGGGUUCCACGCUGUCUUACUACGACCUGAUUCGCCAGAUCGAUCUGAGCCCGCGAAGCUUCUUCGCGUCGCUCACGACGGAGAGGUUCAAGUGGGGCGCGCUGAGGGGGAGGUUCGUGCGUGGCGCCGUUAACAUGAUGAUCCCCGUGCCUGUGUGCUAGGGGUCGGAUCGCCAGAGAGCAGAUAGGAGUGGAAACAUGGUUAGGGGAGUUCCACGGACGAGAGUUCCAAGUCUGGAAUUCCAUUCAUCCCUGGGUCAUCGUUACCGGUAGAUCCAGCAAUAUAUGCUAUUAUUUGUAGCACCAGAGGUGGGGGGUUCUGUGUAUGUGUACCGCCCACCCCACCUCCAGAGAGCUUAGAUGCUCUUCUUAGAGACUAGCUUCUGAUGACGCACUGCCAAUACUAAUCUUUGCAAUGUACUCGUCAUAUACCGUGGAAACUGAUACUUCAAG